AUGUUUUUUGAUGCCGCCCCUGCCACCUUAUGGUCUCGCUACUGGACACGCUCCUCUUUUCUGCCUAUCUUUUCGACGCUGCAUACCCUCUGUCGCUUUUCUUACACGUCACCCGCCAUCAAUCAUCAUCAAUCAUCCAUCAUCGUCGUCAUCCUGUCAUCCUGUCACCCCAUCCACUAA